AUGAGUUACGGAUACGGCGGCGGGAAGCAGAACCCGUACGACCAACGGGACGACAACGGCUAUAGCGGUGCCGGCUAUGAUCAGGGCGGCUAUGAUAACCCCCCUCCCAGCUAUAACAAUACCCCCUAUGGCGCUGGUGGCCGUGGUUACGACCAGGCUGGAGGUAUGGUUGACCAUAUAUACCAUUUCACUGGCAGCAAUUCAGACAUUAACGGUAAACUUGCAGCUACCGCAGUCGAGAUGGCUCCUCUAACCCAGAACGCCGGCGGCAUGGCCCGUGAAGACCCCAAUGCGAUCCGCAACGAGUGCCGUGACAUCAGCAACACCGUUCGUCAAGUCGAGACCAACCUGGAACAGAUCAAAGUGCUUCAAUCCCGAGUUCUCAGCGAUGUCGACAGCUCCUCGUCCAGCCAGUCUAACCGCCAAUUGGAUGCCCUCACCACCGAGACCAUGGCCACUUACCGUGCCCUUGCCGACCGCGUGCGCCAAGUUAAAUCCAAGCCCGAAGGUCGAAGUGCUACGAACAGCGGCCAUGUGGACCGAGUCGAUCGAGAGGUCAAGGCAGUCAUCACCAAGUACCAGACUGUUGAGUCCGAAUUCCAGGCUGCUGUCAAGCAACAGAUGGGUCGCCAAUAUCGUAUUGUCCGCCCGGAGGCUACAGAGGAGGAGGUCCAGGCCGCCGUUAACGAUACUGGCAACGGCCAGAUCUUCAGCCAAGCUCUGAUGCAAAGCGACAGACAGGGCCGUGCUCGUGCGGCACUGAGCGCCGUUCAGGACCGCCACAAGGAGUUGCUCAAGAUUGAGCAGCAGAUGACGGAGCUGUUCCAGCUUAUGCAGGAUCUUGAUACCCUGGUCGUCCAGCAGGAUGCCGCCAUUGUGCAGAUUGAGCAGAAGGGUGAGGAGAUUGUCGAAAACCUCGACAAGGGCAAUGAGGAGAUUGCUGUGGCUGUCACAACUGCCAGAUCCACCAGGAAGAAGAAGUGGAUUUGCCUCGGUAUUGUUGUUGCCAUUAUCGCCAUUGUUGUCAUCAUCGUCCUCAUUUACGUCUUCGUCAUCCGCGGAAACAACAACAACAAGAAGCGAUCUCUGCUCGAGGGAGUUGCCAUGCCAGUUGUUCGUCUCGGCGCUCGUAUUCCCAUGGACGAGGCUUUGGCCCUGAGACUUGGCCGCAUAGCACACGGAAGGCCUCACAUGCCCGUCGCACCUCCGCUGAACUAAACAAGAGACGGCUAGCAACGAAGUGAAGUUGGAGGAAGGAAAAGAGAGGAGAGGUAUAAAAGGGACGCGUGCACACGUUUUGACUCUAUUUUCAUUGAAAGACAUUGUAUAAAGUAGCUAUCGAC